CCUGGCCCUCCUCCUUUCAAGAAUACACUACCCCACAUCAGUAGUUAUAGUAUUCUUGGACGCAUAAAAUUCCACUCCAUUCUCUUGACUGACCUCCAUGAUAAACUAGGGGAUCCUAGUUUAGGUCAAGAUGAAAUUACGAAUGUCUUCUCUAUUAAUCCACUAUCUAUGAAUGAUGUGAUUAGUAACAAUAUUAAUACUGCAUUCUUUGGGAUCCAGAAAACCUAUCCGGAACAAAUAAGACGUUUCUGGGAACUCACCAGCCUUAAGCAAUAUUUACAGCAAAAAUUGGUUCCCAAGGUGUUGCGUCCAGACAUUUUACUACCAGAUAAAAUCCAGACCGAGGAACAGCUCAGUGAAUGGAACACUAUUUUACUGAACUGUACCUUUCGGUUAAUGGAUUUUCUG